UUUCCCAGCGGCAUCAAUCAUUCCCAUUUUGGUGUCGUCUUUCUCAUAAUUUAGAAUCAAAAGUUACUUGUGAAAGAAAAAUACAUUACAAAGUUGUUGCACAUAUAUACACCAAUUUUCUAGAUGACUACUAAGAAGAUUACAUGGAAGUCUGUUAUCUUGAUCUUAAGUUGUUACAAGGUUAAAUGUCCCUUGGAGGAAUCAGAGAAGCAGGUUUUAAAACAAGGUUCUUUGCAGAGGCUAUGUCUAUCAGAUGUAAGCAAUUCAAGCUCCACUCAGGCAAUAGAGGAUCUUUCAAUUUCCCUUGUUGGCUCAAAACUUUAUACAUUCACACUUGAGGAGCUAAGGGAAGCAACACAUAAUUUCUCAUGGAGUAAUAUGCUUGGUGAAGGUGGGUUUGGACCCGUGUACAAAGGUUUUGUUGAUGACAAACUCAGGUCUGGUUUGAAAGCUCAAACUGUAGCUGUAAAAAGAUUGGACUUGGAUGGCUUGCAAGGUCAUAGGGAGUGGCUGGCAGAGAUUAUAUUUCUUGGACAGCUCAGGCAUCCACAUCUUGUCAAGUUAAUUGGGUACUGUUAUGAGGAUGAACACAGACUUUUGGUGUAUGAAUGCAUGCCAAGAGGCAGCUUGGAGGAUCAACUCUUCAGAAGAUACUCAGCUGCUAUGCCAUGGUCAACCAGGAUGAAAAUUGCAUUAGGAGCAGCCAAGGGCCUGGCCUUCCUUCACGAAGCAGAUCAACCUGUAAUAUAUAGGGAUUUCAAAGCUUCAAACAUCUUACUAGACUCAGAUUUCACAGCUAAACUCUCAGAUUUUGGUCUAGCUAAGGAUGGCCCUGAAGGGAAAGACACACAUGUGACAACACGCAUAAUGGGAACACAAGGCUAUGCUGCUCCUGAAUACAUCAUGACAGGUCACCUCACAACAAAGAGUGAUGUGUAUAGCUAUGGAGUGGUUCUGUUGGAAUUGCUCACAGGAAGACGCGUAGUCAAUAAGUCGCGGUCUAAUGGAGGGAAGAGCUUGGUGGAAUGGGCAAGGCCUUUGUUGAGAGAUCAAAAGAAGCUUUAUGGUAUCAUAGACAGUAGAUUGGAAGGACAAUUUCCUACGAAAGGAGCCAUGAAAGUUGCUAUGUUGGCCUUCAAAUGCUUGAGUCACCACCCAAAUCCAAGGCCCUCUAUGAGUGAUGUGGUGAAGGUGUUGGAGCCACUUCAAGACUUCGAUGAUGUUUUCAUUGGACCAUUUGUGUAUGUUGCCGUAAGUGAAAACGGUGACAAAGAUAAAAUAUAGCAGCAGCACUAAAAAAAUAUAGCAGAUAGCAAAAGGCAAAGAAAAGCAAAAAAAGAAAGUGGUGUGUUAUUUCAAUUUGUAAGGGACAGCUUGAUCUUCACAAUCAUGAAGCAAGAUGCAAGUGGUAACUUAGUUUUCUAUGGUGUGAUUAUAUA